CCGCGGCCGCAGCUUCCCCGGAGACAGCAGCGGCCCCCACAGCGGCUGCGACCCCCCAGAACAGCGGAGGCCCGGGCAGGAUCGCCCCCACUGUCCAGCCAGCCCCCCAGAAGAAAGGCUCCCCCAAGCCCCACUAAGGAGCGAUCGCCCUUGGAAGCGAUCGCUGAGCAAGCCCACCGAAGCCCGGGAGAGCUAACGCAGGGAGCGGAGCGGCCGCCUUUCGUAGCUCUGCCCCAUCCCCGCCGCCUUUCUUUCAGCCCCCGGCCCGACGGGGCGGGAGUCCGGAGCCCGGGAGCUAGCCAGGCGAGGAGGGGGCGCCGGAAGGCCGGCGGGCCGCCAGCAUGGCCAACGCGGGGCUGCAGCUGCUGGGCUUCAUCCUGGCCUUCCUGGGCUGGAUCGGAACCAUCGUGAGCACCGCCUUGCCCCAGUGGAAGAUCUCCUCGUACGCGGGGGACAACAUCGUGACGGCCCAGGCCAUCUACGAGGGCCUCUGGAUGUCGUGCGUGUCCCAGAGCACGGGCCAGAUCCAGUGCAAGGUGUUCGACUCGCUCCUGAACCUGAGCAGCACCCUCCAGGCUACCCGAGCCUUGAUGGUCAUUGGAAUCAUCCUUGGACUGAUUGCCAUCUUUGUGGCAACUGUGGGCAUGAAGUGUAUGAAGUGCAUGGAAGAUGAUGAGGUGCAGAAGAUGCGAAUGGCUGUUUUUGGAGGGGUGAUUUUCCUCGUGGCAGGUCUGGCUGUCUUGGUUGCCACAGCAUGGUAUGGAAAUAGAAUUGCUCGAGAGUUCUAUGACCCCAUGACCCCAGUCAAUUCUAGGUAUGAGUUUGGACAGGCUCUCUUCAUAGGCUGGGCGGCAGCUUCCUUGUGCCUAUUGGGAGGUGCCCUCCUGUGCUGCUCCUGUCCCAAGAAAACAACGUCUUACCCAACUCCUCGCCCAUACCCGAAGACCACACCCUCCAGUGGAAAGGACUAUGUGUAACAGAAAGAAAGAGAACAGAGCCGCUUGGGAAAAAACAAAAGAAAACAAAAAAAGGACUUCAUAUGGGUUGUUGUUGUUGUUGUCAUUGUUGUUUUCAUUUUUUUUUAAAUCAUGAGGAAGUCAGACCUUCUGACUAUGAUAUCCUACAUUUUUGUAUUAAAAUGUAUUUUUUUUGUAAUUUCUAUACCUUCUUUCAUUUCCUGCCCUUAGUAAGAAAUCUUGAAUUCUGAUCCUCUAUUUCAUGUAAUCCUUGAGCUUUGAUGUUUCUCUGUUGGCUCCCACAAAGACGAGGCAAACACAAAGGGAAAACUACUUCAUUUUGUUAAAAAAAUUUUUUUUAAACUAUAUCCUUGUAGGUAAUAGGCCCUGAUCUCACUCUCAUGUUUCCUUUUUAAACAAAAUAGGAAGAUGGUAGAUUGGCCUCUGAAUUCAAAACCCAACUCCACUACUUCCUAGCUAUGUCUUUACCUGCAUGUCUCUUCACCUCCCCUGUAACAUGAGGGCCUUGUACUAGAUGAUUUCAAAGGUCCCUAUCUAUGAUCCCAAAGGUUGGAUUUUAAUUUUUUUAAGUCAUUUGAUUCCAUAGUAACAACCUGGAUGAGCUUGAAUUGGUAUUCUGGGUAUGCUACAUUCUCAGUUGUUUUGUUUUGAUGAUUUUGGUUUGUGGAACAAUCAGUCAACCACAAAGGGAUUUGAUGGAGAAGAGAAAAUAGUCGGACCUGAGUCAUGCAAACUCAUGUCUCUUUCUUCAUCAAAUUGACUUGGGUUUCCUUGACCCAAUCAAUUACAAGUCCAGUUUCACAGACUGCAAUGGUUACUCUAAAUGCUUCAUUUGAAUCCUUGAACCCUAAGCUUGGAAAAGGUGCACACACUGUGCUGGAGCUGUGUUCCUCAGCCUAGCUAUUCUUGGGACCCAUCUUGUUGCAUUCUGGUUCUCUUGCUUUUGAUGUUUAAUCUCAUUUUAUGUUCUCAGCUUUUCCAACCCUGAUCUAGGUUGUUCUGAAAAAAUAGAGCAUUUUCUGAGACUAGGCCCCAGUCCCUGCUCUAUUUCUCUUAAAUAUACAUCCUUCCCCACCUUUCCAUGUUUCUUGAGCUGUGGGGCAAUGUCUAAAGCUCCAUAGCUUUCCUAGACUCCGAUCUAAGAUUCAGUUGAGUUAAAGCAAUAAUUGAAGUGCCUGUUAUGGGCCAGGCCCUGUACCAAGCCUACUUGUGAGGGAGAAAUCCAAAGCUGAAACAACCCCUCUCCCCUCAUGGAGCUUCCAUUCUAGCCUGGGCUUUGCCAGAUGUUGCCAAGGAUGUUUGAUUGACAUCAUUCCAAUGUUCUCUUGCUCAUAGUUGCAAAUUGUACCAAGAAACACCUCCCCAGCUCCUCCUCCCCUUUCCCCACCCCAUUUCUGUUUCCCCAGCUGUUUACCUGGUCAUUAUCUUUGGGUUUGCUUCUCCCUUAGAGGUGUGGUCAGUUUGCCUGACUGAACAUUAGAUACUCUGCAGUGAUAAUCUAGUGCUGAAUCCCCCACCCCCACCCCGAAGCCUCAGGCAGCCUCUCUACCUCUGAUUUUCUGGUUGGUAAAAUGGGCCUAAUGAUACUUCACCCAUGGUGCAGGGAGGUAGGAAAAUUAAUGAGUUUCUAUCUCUCUUCUUUGAACUUGAUAAGUGCUAAGUUGUAUGCCCCAAAGCUCUGAUGAAAGCCCGGAACAAAACCCACUCAGAUACUUCAGCGCCCUAGGUGUCACCUCUUGCCCAUUUCCUCUCUGCUGUUCCCAAUAUAUUGUUAGCGAUCAUGGUCCAUUUUUCAUCAGUCCUUCCCUGUCUGUAUGUAUAUGUGUCCCCAUAUUGAUGGAUGUGUGUGCCCCUGAAUGUCUAUCUGUGCCUCUGAGUGACUUCUCAGGCAGGAGGAAGUCUUCUCUAUGUAGACAUCCCCUGAUGUUUCCUUCUCGAUGGCUGAUGGGAAAAUUAUUAAGCAUACCUGCAUUCUUGCAUUGUGGCCAUCUCAAGGGAAUAGAAAAAUUGCAUGGGACCAAGUUCACUUUAAAAGGUGAAAGGUCAUAGUUGCCUCAAUAAUUCAGACCUAACUGUUUUCCCUCUAAUCCACUCUCUACAUUCACUUGCUUCUCUAUAAGCAUUUGGCAGAGCCAAUGGUAACUUGGAGGAUAGUCUCCUAAAAUAUAGGAAGCAGCUGGUGUUUUCAUGAGUUGUUCUUUGGGAAAACUGGUGCUUUUUCCUCCUAGAAAGAUCUUUCCCUCCAUGUUUUUGUCCAUUUGUUUUCUUUUUGUUAGUUGCCUUUUUUUCUUUCUUUUUUAAUGCAGUAACACAUUUUCACAGGUCACCUUCAGAGCUACUGUCAGUGUUGGUCAAGACCAGACACAAAGAACACUAUAUUAGAUACCCAGAACCAUUUUUUAAAAAAAUCUCUUCCAUGAAUCCCCACCUGCCACUACUGUCCCAGAGCCCAGUGACAUGUACAAAUGUAUUGUCAAUGCUGGUACCAGAUUGGAAAAGUCUCUUGUCAAAACCAAAUGCCAAUGUGUCAAUGGUCAUUUUGUAUUCUGCAUGCACAACUGAGGCACAGUGAAUAGCUUUUUUUUUAAUGGAAACUUGUAAGAAAGUUUUUUUUUUCCAAUAAAUAUUUGGGGUUUGUUGUUUUUCUAAAGAA